GUGCAGACAUCAGUGAUACUCUGGAAACUUUGUUCUGCACUGAAGACUGUCCCUAUUUCUGAGAGUAACCAUGGCCCUGACUGACAUAGAUGUGCAGAAGCAGAUCAAGCACAUGAUGGCAUUCAUUGAGCAGGAAGCCAAUGAGAAGGCCGAGGAGAUAGACGCCAAGGCAGAGGAAGAGUUCAACAUCGAGAAAGGCCGCCUGGUGCAGACCCAGCGGCUGAAGAUCAUGGAUUAUUUUGAGAAGAAGGAGAAACAGAUAGAGCAGCAGAAAAAAAUCCAGCUGUCCACCAUGAGAAACCAGGCUCGGAUCACAGUCCUCAGAGCCCGGGACAAUCUCAUCUUGGAAUUGCUUCGAGACGCGAAGAUGAGACUCAGCAGAAUUGUGUCAGAUGAAGAAAUCUACCAGGAUCUGCUGGAUAAACUCGUGCUCCAAGCCUUGCUCCGGCUGCUGGAGCCUGUGAUGAUUGUUCGCUGCAGGCCACAGGACCUCCACCUGGUGGAGUGUGCGGUGCUAAGAGCCAUCCCUCUGUACAUGAUGCUCUGCCAGAAGCAUUUGGAGGUCCAGGUUGAUCAAACUGAAUUCUUGGCUUCCAAUGCUGCUGGUGGGGUGGAGGUCUAUAGCAGCGAUCAGAAAAUAAAGGUUUCUAAUACCCUGGAAAGUCGACUGAAUCUCGCAGCCAUGCAAAAGAUGCCAGAGAUUCGAAGAAUGUUGUUUGGGGAUAAUGUCAACAGAAAGUUCUUUACAUGAGGCUCUGGGAAGGGAAGCCUGGUUUGAACUCAGAGUCUUAAAAGUCUAAGUCAUUCAGACAAAGGGAACUGGGCGGGGGGGGGUCAUCUUCCUCUCUGCUCUCCUCUGUAGUCAUUUCCUAGCUUUGAAUAGCAUUAUACAUUGUUAACUUUGGAAUAAAUCCCAAAUU